ACAGUGAAUUAUUGCAGUUUCCUCAGGCUUUUAUACAAAACAAAAAAUAAAGAAUCCCAAUAUUGUAAAACGUGGUGAGGAAGUGAAAAAUAUCCACGAAAAAAUCAACAAUUUAGCAAAAUUGUGUGGAGCGGAAAAAAAAUGUUAUUCCAAUCAUGUCUUUUAGACUUUUCUCUCACACAUAAAAAUGCCAAAUAGAAAUUUCAAGUGCUGUUUUUUUUCGUAAAAAUUAAACUCCAAUGAACUUGACAUCAAUCUGGGAAAAAGAAGUUGACUUUUGAGUAUUUUUUAAAUAAGUUCACAUUGAACUUGAAAGAGAGAGAAGACGGUAGUAAAUCACUGAAAUAAACGAUGGGAAUACAGUUGAAUUUCUUCUCAUUUUCACGGGAAGAAAAAGAGUUUGCUUUUUGAAUGAGAAGGUAAUUUGUGAAGAAUCUCUUUGGGACAAUUUGCAAUUUCACACGCAUUCACGCGUCAAUGUCUCACAAAUAAUGUACGAAUGAUUAGAUAUAUUGCAACAAUUAUGUAUAUGCAAGCAAUUUCCCAAAGGAAAGUGAAAAGAAGCAACUUCGUGUUUUGCGAGAUAAAAUGCUCAAUUGUUGAGGUAUUCACAUUUCUGCAAUUUUAACGAAUUUUUUAGCAUCACUGCGGCAGUUUUUCCAAAAGUGCAGAAAACCCGCAAAAACCUCAUCUUCGUGCCAUCUUUCUCCUUUCCUUUCUUCCAUGUUUUUGCAGAAAAGGAAUAAAUUGAUUCUUGAUAUGUUGCUUCUUCGCUUUUUUUUUUAACCAUCUUCAUCCAUGAGUCUGCCCCCACUUUUUGGACCCCAACAGCGCUUCAUCUGUGACCGCACGCGCGCACGUUAUAAAAUGUCAUCGCAACCGCCGAGUCCCGAUCAUUUCCCACCUUAGUGUUGAGCAGUGAAGAUCAUCAAGAAAGUGCGCGUGAUCGUUGUUUUUUUACCACUUCUUUUUUUUUUCUUAAAGAAAAAAUGUUGCCAUUGAUCUUGUCCGCAGAGGGUCGUGCGGUAAAAGUGAAUGUGAUCGUGUUGAUUUGCAUCGUGAUCGCGGUCAACGCACCACUUUCUUCUGUAGCCACACCAACAACACCCAGUGCAGACAUAGUGAUAAGCCCACAGCCAUUUGAGAAUAGCACCGAACCGGAAUUAUUGGAUAAUCCACGUGAAGAUGAAAGUGAUGCCACUGAUCAUCCAGUGAAGUACACGGGAGCCCAGCUGUGGCGGAUCUCGUAUGAUGAUCAAGUUCGCAAAAAUGCCGUGGCUGAUCUUCAGCAUAAAUUCAAAGAUGUUGCAAUGUGGAAUCUCAAUGGGACGUCUGUGGAUAUGUUUCUGAAGAAGCCCGUGAUUGCUGAUGCGAGAAAAUUGCUUGAGAAUGCCAAAGUGCCCUUUGAUGUGAUCAUUGAUGAUCUUCAGCAUGCAAUCGACACGGAGAAUCCACCCCCAGAAGUUAUUGAGCAACUUCAGAAUCGAAAAGGCCACCGAAUGACAUGGAGUGCCUACCAUAGACUGUCGGACAUCCACGGGUACCUUGAGUACCUGGCCAAUACUUAUCCAGAACUCUGCAGUGUCCAGUCGAUUGGAAAUUCAAUCGAAGGACGUCCCCUGCUGGUGCUAAGAAUCUCAAAUGGUGGAAUAAACAACAAGGCCGUUUGGAUCGAUGGUGGGAUUCAUGCCAGAGAAUGGAUUUCUCCCGCCACAGUGACCUACAUCAUUGACCAGCUGGUGGAGAACCGAGAGGAUCAGCCACAGUAUGUGAAGGAAAUUGAUUGGUACAUCCUUCCUGUGGCUAAUCCCGAUGGCUACGAGUACACGCAUCUGGUGGACAGACUGUGGCGCAAAAACAGACGUCCAUCGGUUAACGGGAGAUGCCACGGAGUGGAUCUGAAUAGGAACUUUGGGUACCACUGGGGUGAGCAGGGAGCUUCCAGGCAGCCUUGUGCUGAAACUUUUGCCGGAAUGUCGGCAUUUUCUGAGCCCGAAUCUCUGGCUCAGAAGCAAUUCUUCGAGAGAAGUGGAGCCAAUUUCCAGGGCUACCUCAGCUUCCACAGCUACGGGCAGUACAUCCUCUACCCAUGGGGCUAUGAUCGUUUUGUCCCACCAGAUCACAAGGAACUCGAAAGGGUCGGCCGAGAGGCUGCUGCCCUCAUGAAACAAUCUGGAGGAGCAACAUAUUCUGUCGGCCCAUCCGGAAGUCUUCUCUACCCAGCUUCCGGAGGUUCCGAUGACUGGGGUAAGGGUAGCCUGGGCAUUAAGUACUGCUAUACAAUUGAAUUGAGAGAUUCAGGACGCAGUGGCUUUAUCUUGCCCGCCAAUCAGAUCAUCGUCACCAGCAAGGAGGCGCAAAUCUUCACGUACAAAGUCGCCGAGACAAUUACUCGCGGUUGAGGAGCGAUAGCCAGCGAGAUUCCCAAUUCCCUUUCAAUACUUUACAAAACACCCCCCUCCCACGUGAGAGAAAAUAAAAAAAAAUAAUAAAGGACUUACCACAUC